UAAAAACCGCGCGUAACCGACGCGGAUGAUACAUUCUGUCGUGGAAAAGUGACAUAUCUCGAGACGAGCAAACGCACAAAACGAUGCACGUGUCGGUGAUCCUUGGCGUGGUGUUGCUACAGGCGAUUUACGUGUCCGCCGGGCCACCUGACUGGAUCCCCCCGGAAAUGUUGGAGAUGGUUCAAUCCGACAAGGAACGGUGCAUGGCCGAGCACGGAACGUCUCAAGCGCUUAUCGACGAGGUUAAUGAUGGGAAACUUACGAACGAUCGGAGUAUAACGUGCUAUAUGCAUUGCCUUCUCGAUUCAUUCAGUUUGGUCGAUGACGAGGGUGACUUGGAAGUCGAAAUGCUGAUGAGCGUCAUCCCCGAGAACUUUCAAGAAAUAGGUAACCAGAUUUUGAACAAAUGUGCCAAGCAAGACGGCGGGGAUCCAUGCGAAAAGAUAUUGAAUAUAGCAAAAUGUGUCCAAGCAACAGUACCAGAGCUGUGGUUUAUGGUUUAAUUCAACGCAAAGGAGAAAUUUGCUUCACAAUCGUGUGCGACACGGACGAUAUUAUGAUAGAAAACAACUCGCUCGUGGAGAAAAACGAGGAACAAAGAAGUAGCAUAGGGAUCUGAAUUAUGUAAAUUAAAAAAAAAAUAAUAUGUAUAAUAAUAAUAGUAAGUAAUCACGACAAACACAUGCGGCCUAACAUGAAUAAAACUGAGAUGGAAAAUGUUGUAAAAUAUUGGAUAAAUUAUAAAUAUGCAUUAAAACAGAUCCGAGCACAAUAACGAAUUGAAGGGAGGGUCGUGAGAUAUCGAUGCAUAAUAACGAGAAUAUUUAUGAGCGCAUGUUUAAUUAAAUAAUUUUUUAUGAUUUUAUA